CUUUUCUGCCGCUAGAAGAAAGACAGUGUUGCUUUCGACUUUGAGUCCUGGGGCUUUGGGUUCAGAUUCACUUGAUUUUUGUUGUUUGAUUAUAUUCGGAUCGUUUGGAUUUAACUGAUAUUGUUUCAUCAUGGCGCAAAACGCCGUGGGAAGGCUCUUUCGUAGCCAGCAGUCUGCUACUACGACGCUUCGUCAAUCCGUUGGCUCGAUUACACAGACACGCGGGAUCUCUAGACAUGCCGUCCCAACCUUCACUCCCACCUCCUCCCCCGAGCUGGACCAAGCCCUGACUCGCUUCCGCGAAGAGCUCUUCAUACCCUUCGGACUCGGCCAACAGCAACGCCGUCUCAUGUUCCGUCAGAAAUACGCCGACCAGCUGGAACAAGAGCCCGUGACAGCCAACCUCGGCGAGGAAGAGUUCCUCCUCCGACCGAUGGACCCGCAAUCGCGCCCCACGAAGAAGGAAGCCGUCGAAGUCAUCUCCAUGAUGAAGAACACCACAGACUGGAAGAACCUUGUUCCGUUGCUCUCGGGGCUCCGGAUGUCGAAUCGGCUGGUGAAGUCGGGCCGACUGGAGUGGAUUGUGCGGAAGGCGGCGGAGGCGAAUGCACUGGGGGUUGUGUUGGAGUGCGCGAAGCAGGUGGAGCGGACGGGGCUGCGGUUGAAUGAUGUUGGGUUUGUGCAGCGGUUGUUCUUCGAAUUGCAUCGGAAGGCGCAGAAGGCGGAGUUCCAGGGACCCGAGGUUGCGAAGGCGUUGUCGAUUGCGACGCAGCUGGUUGGGUUGAUGGAGCGGCCGGGUCAUGUGGAGCAUGAUGUGAUGAAGGAUCCGAAGAGGAGGCCGUUUGUUAUUGGAACGUUGUUGGAGUUGAGUGCCGCGAGGGCGUUGAGUGAGUUUGGGGGCAAGGAUGUGGAUGGGAAUGUUCGGAUUUACAGUCAGCGGUUGUUGGGGAGCUGGUCGUUGGGCAACUUCAAUUCUGAGACGGCGGAUUGGGUUUCUGUGGAUAAGAUGCUGCAGGAGAAUAUCCCUAUUUAUAACGGGAUGAAGCUGGCUCUGCAGGUGCAUGGCAUUCUGAACGAGAAAGCGGUGGCUCCGGCAAUGAAGAACCGUCUCAAUGAGCUGAACCAGUUGUUCACCAAUCAGCUCAAGAGUGUCCCGGAGAAGGUCCAGCAGAAGCCUACCGUGGGUCUUGUGCAGGCUCAGCUCUUGUACCAGGGCUAGAUUAGGGGAUGGAUCGGAUUAUGAACUGUAUAUUACCAUUUUGGAUCGUUCGGAGCUCUAUCUGUGUUUGAAAAUAGAUGCAAUUUCUUUUCAUUAACCGGAUAUGAAACUAAGCUAUGCGCUAUAUCCAACUGACAUGAUGCAAGUGAUAUGAAAUGAUUUUGGUUCUGUGGGCAAUGAAAGGGAAGAAAAGAAUCCCGGAAUAAACGCUCAAACGCAUUGUGUGCUCGAUAAGUGGAUUACAGGAGCUCGAAUGUGUUGUCAUCGCGGAUGCGAGCUCGUCCUGCCAGGGCGGUCUUGCCAGAGAUGACAGAAGGGCCGGAUACAGUGAUCUGAGAUGGUCAGCGGAUGAGAAAAUCCGAGUGGAAUCACGACUUACCUGUCCCUCUUCGUUGGUCGCAUCUUUUGGCACGCCAGUCAACACAACUUC